CCCGUCCGUAAGGCCCGACUGGGGUUCCAACCUCGGAGCUCACCAUCUCCGGCAACUUCCUCUACUCCCCCUUUUGAGGCUCGUAUCGUACGGAUGAAGUAGAAAAAAGAAAUUAAGAAAAAAAAAAAACAUCAUCAACAGGGAGAAGCAUAUUCACUCUCUUUCUCUCCCUUUCGUUUUCAUAGUUCUGUGUCAAAUGCUUGUCUUUGAGCCAAAAAAAAAAGAAAAAAAAGAGCUAAUUCAGAAGAAGGUACAAGGGCCACCUGCUUUCUUUACUUAACUACUACCUAUUUCUUACAACUGUUGCCUGCAAUCCUUCCAAAAACCCAACUUCUCCUUCACUCCCCUCUUAUCUAUAUAUCUCCUUUUCUUCUUCUUCUUCCUCUCCUCACCAAGGAAAUCACAAUUUAGCUUCUAACUUUGCCUUUUUUUUUUCUUUUCAUCUGCAAAUCUGGUCCUUUUUUUCUGAUGCUGGAGAGUUUGGGUAUUAGAUUUAAAUUAGUUUGAAGGGCUUUCGAGUUCUGGGUUUUCCAUUUUGGGGUAACACCCAGGUUAGUCAAAUUGUGGACAUCACGGCUAUACACAGAGUUUACCGGCCUCUUCUUAUUCAUGCCCGAUCUGUACGACGUAAGAGUUGUGUGAUCGAGAGGAACCCUGCGCCGCACGGCGGGCGUGGAGCUUUGCCUUCUGAAGGCGGUAGUCCUUCCGAUCUCCUCUUCCUUGCUGGCGGCGGUGUUGUCUUUUAGAGUUUCAGUAGUUGGUAUAGGUAGCUUUUAGUAUAAAAAAAAAAGAAAAAAAAUUACUAUCGAGGAAGCUUAUUUAGAUCGCUCGUAAGAAUAAUUUGGUGGUGGUGGUGGUGUUUUUCGUAGUCGACGUUGUUGUUCUUUGUGGGUUUUCGUUUUAUUUGAAUUUUUAUUGGACAAAGAAAGAGGUUGUAGCAAGAUGAUGCUCAGGAUUAAGAGGGUUCCGACUGUUGUUUCGAAUUACCAGAAGGAUGAGACGGAAGAGACUGCUCGCCGCAGCAGUGGGUGUGGAAAGAAUUGCCUUAGAAGCUGCUGCAUCCCAGGAGCAAAGCUUCCUUUAUAUGCUUUCAGGAAACUGAACAAUAUUGAGAGUGAAAAUGUUGUGCUUGGAAUUGAGAACAAAGAUCCCCCUGUUGCUUUUCUUGACUCGCUCAUUCUUGGGGAGUGGGAAGAUCGGAUGCAAAGAGGGCUCUUUCGCUAUGAUGUUACUGCCUGUGAAACCAAGGUGAUUCCUGGUGAAUAUGGCUUCAUUGCCCAGCUGAAUGAGGGUCGCCACCUUAAGAAGAGGCCAACUGAGUUCCGUGUUGAUAAGGUUCUCCAGCCCUUCGAUGGGAACAAGUUCAACUUCACCAAGGUCGGGCAAGAGGAGGUUCUCUUCCAGUUUGAAGCAAGUGAAGAUGGUGAAGUUCAGUUCUACCCAAGUGCUCCCAUUGAUGUUGAGAAUUCUCCAAGUGUUGUUGCCAUAAAUGUCAGUCCUAUUGAAUAUGGACACGUGCUGUUGAUUCCUCGAAUCCUUGAAUGCUUGCCCCAAAGGAUCGACCGUGAGAGCUUCUUGCUUGCACUUUAUAUGACAGCUGAAGCUGGGAAUCCAUAUUUCAGAUUGGGUUAUAACAGCUUGGGUGCAUUUGCUACAAUCAACCACCUUCACUUCCAGGCUUACUACUUGGCUGUGCCCUUUCCCAUCGAGAAAGCUCCAACGAAGAAGAUAACCACUUUGUAUGAUGAAGUGAUAAUCUCAGAGCUUUUAAGCUAUCCGGUCAGGGGUCUUGUCUUUGAGGGUGGUAACACUCUUCAGGCCUUGUCUGACACUGUCUCUGAUGCCUGCAUUUGCCUUCAAGAGAACAACAUACCAUAUAACGUCCUCAUCUCCGAUUGUGGAAAGCGGAUCUUUCUCGUUCCACAGUGUUAUGCUGAGAAACAAGCUCUCGGGGAAGUGAGUCCAGAGCUUCUGGAUACCCAGGUGAACCCAGCUGUGUGGGAAAUUAGUGGGCAUAUGGUGUUAAAAAGGAGGAAGGACUAUGAUGAGGCGUCUGAUGAAAAUGCUUGGAGGCUCCUGGCUGAGGUUUCUCUCUCUGAUGAGAGGUUCCGGGAAGUGAAUGCACUCAUCUUUGAAGUCAUUGCCAGUGGCAAAGAUGGCAUUGAACAUGCUGCUAAGAGUCUGCCUAAGGAGCCCAAUACUAAAGCUGAAUCCACUGAAGAAGAAAGCGCCAUCACCAAAACCUCCCACCACGCUAUGGUGGGUGGGACACAAGAAUGCGUUGUUCUGCAGUAGGAACUGGCAUUCCACAAACAGAACCAUGUUUCUUCUAUGUUAUAGUUUCUACUAAGCCCGUUUGGCAUGUAUGAUUGUGUAUGGCAGUGGUAGCCUAAAUAAAGCAAACAUAGUUUGCGGUGGUGUAAGUUUUUCAUUAAACCUUGGACUUGUUGAUUUGAUGAUGUACUAUGAUUGGAUAAUGUAAAAUACCAAUUAAUGUUUGUGUA